AUUCGCAAGACGAUAGGGCACAUGAACAUCUUAUCCCCUCUUCCUCUUCCUCGAAUGGAUGAUCUCUAAAAGAAGCUAACCCUUCUAACCUCUCUUCUCUUCUCUUCUUCUGCAAACUUCUCCACACCAUGGCUUCGUGUACCGCACCUUCUUCAUCUCUCAUGCUCACGCACACACAAGACCUCUCUCCUUCUCUCCGUUCCAGAACCACCUCCUUCUCCCUCUCCAGAACCUUCUCUCUUUACCCUCUCGUUCUCAAGCCUCCUACCAACUCCCUCCACCUCACCUCCCCCCACUUCAGGCCUGCUGCCCUCGCCGCCGAGGUCGAGGUCGCCGAAACCCUCGACGACAAGGAGGAUGAUGGGCCCUCCAAGCCUAAGACAGGGAAGGCCGCAUUACUUCUCAAGAGGGAUAGGACAAGGUCUAAGAGGUUCCUGGAAAUUCAAAAAUUGAGGGAGCGUAAGAAAGAGUACGACUUGAAGACAGCAAUAUCUUUGGUUAAAGAAACAGCUAAGACCAAAUUUGUAGAAACAGUAGAAGCUCAUUUCCGCCUCAACAUUGACCCUAAAUAUAAUGAUCAACAGUUAAGAGCAACAGUAAGUCUGCCAAAGGGAACUGGAAAGCCCAUUAAAGUGGCUGUUCUCACUCAAGGUGAAAGAUUUGAUGAAGCAAAAAACGCAGGAGCUGAUUUGGUUGGUGGAGAGGACCUGAUAGAACAGAUAAAAGGAGGGUUCAUGGAAUUUGACAAGUUAAUUGCUUCUCCAGAUAUGAUGCCUAAGGUUGCGAUCCUUGGGAAGAUUCUGGGGCCAAGAGGGCUGAUGCCAAAUCCAAAAGCUGGCACUGUAACAGCCAAUAUUCCUCAGGCUAUAUCAGAAUUCAAGCAGGGAAAAGUUGAAUACAGGGCAGACAAAACUGGAAUCGUGCACUUGCCUUUCGGAAAAGCUGACUUUCCAGAAGAGGAUCUACUUGUAAACUUGCUUGCUGCAAUAAAAUCAGUAGAGGCAAACAAACCUUCUGGUGCUAAAGGUGUGUACUGGAAAAGCGCACACAUAUGCUCAGCAAUGGGACCAUCAGUUAGGUUAAAUAUCAGGGACAUGCUUGAUUACAGGCUUCAAUCAGAAUAGAGGUCCUGUAAAUGCUUGUUUUGAUUUAGUCAGCUUUCUGGGUGCAGUUGUUUGAUCUUGCCAAAUACCUUGUCAAAGAUGUCACUGAAGUUGCAGACAGGGAUGGACAAAGGAUACUUUGGUGGUUAUAUCUAUUAAAAAUCACCGUAUGCACACGACAUAGACCUUGUAUUACUUUGUAACUAACACCAGAGAUUUAAUUAUAUUUUCUUUCUUGGUAAUAAAUUUUCAUUUUACUUCCA